AAUUAUCUACGGUUUGUAGAAGGCGUCUGGUUCAGAUUUGCCAGCCAGAGUCGGCAAAGGCGAACUUGAUCAUCGUUGGAAUCGACAUAGGAUCUAAUCCUGUUUUAAAACGAUUUGUGCCUUAAUUUGGGGUUUGCCAUAAACAAACACCUAGUUCCUAAUCUUCACCUUCGCACAUUUGCAAGGAAUCUCACCUACUAGGAGAAAGCACAUCAUAUCUGUGUUCGACUGGAGAAAUCGUAAGGGAGCUGUAAGUUUCUGAGGGUCGUGGCAUCCGCCAUCCCCCUCGACUCAACCCUAAUGGCUUCCUCGGAGGUGGACCAAAAGUUCCUCGGGCGGCUCGCCAAAUCCGUCGAGCCGAACAACGCGCUGCUCGCGUCGAUGCUCUUCAAGAUCCUCGGCCUGUCCAUCAACGUCGCGGGCCAGCUCGUCAAAGCCAAGAAGCAGCGGCGCCUCGACGCCACCCGCCUCACCCAGUCGCUCGAGCUGUACUUCCACAUCAUCUGGCUCUCGCGCGAGGGGCUCGUCAUGCUCGAGCAGUACGUCCUCCCCAUGGUCGGCGACUACGUCGAGCUCAAGGUCCUCGCCUACAAGCUGCGCGCCUCCUUCUACCACAUCUUCGUCCAGUUCCACAACAACCCCCCGGUAUCCCCCCUCGGCAUCGCGACGACCCCGGAAGCCGUGGCGGCGGCCGCCGCGACGAUGCCGCAGUUGGCAAGCCCGCGCGUCGAUAAGGGAAAGGGCGUUGAUCGAGGCGACCCCACCGCAGCAGCAGCCGAAUUCUCGCGCUCCUCCGUGCAACCCACGCACCCGAUCGAACUAGGCGGCCCCGCGCCACCUCCAGGCUUCGAAGCGCAAGCGCAAGCAGCAGCAGCAGCAGCCACGACGACGCAAGUCCCCGCGUUCACGCCCGAGGCCGCGGCCGCGUUCCUGCUGCCGUACGUGGACUACCUGCCGACGGCGCACCAGUACUUCCGCGAGGCGUGCGCGCUGGCGGACGGGCUGCUGUGGGGGUCGCACUCGCUGCGGCUGUCGGUGAAGACGGAGUACGCGGCGUUCCUGUACGAGUGCGUGCACGACCGCGAGGGCAGCCGGCGGCUGGCGCGCGACACGAUCGCCGAGGUGUACGAGGCGAGCGAGGGCAUGGACGACGACAUGUUCAACGACGCGUGCGAGCUCGUCACCGUGCUCGGCAAGAUGAUGAAGCGCGGCUUGGGAAGCGGUGGUGGUGGUGGUGGUGGUGGGGGAGGGUCUAGGAGUGGCGGUCGCCCGAGCCCGAGUGUUACGCUGGGAACGGGGACGGUGUCCCAGGGCGCGGAGAGUAGCGCGACGGUGGUCCCGCCUGUGCUGCCUGUCGGCAUGGAGAAUCCGAUAUGAUCGUGUUUGAGUCGCGACGGCUGGUUGGGAUGUUUGGAUGAUGGGGUGUUUGGGACGGACCUACGCUUUAUUCUAUCGCAUUGCUGAUAAAUACGACCUUGUGGGAGAGUUGAGG